AUGUACAGUUUGGAAGUGAUUAAUAUCAAUAUUAUACUCGAUACAAAAUACCGCUAUACUUUUAAACGCAAUUUCUUGGAGCUCGUCACCUUGAACCAAUACGAUCAAUUCAACCCCUCGUCGCUGAGGCAGGAAAAAGAAGACGGCACGACGGAGGGCAAUCUGCAGGACGCUUCGCCGGAAAGCCUGCCGGAGUUCGAAAGGCCGCCGUUGAGGAAAAUCGACCAGUACAUCAGGGCGGAAUUGCCGUGUCUCAGCAAAAGAGCCACGGUGGCGUUGCUCAGUUGCAUGGGUUUCAUCAUCAUGUUCGGGAUGCGGACGAGCAUGGGACUGGUCAAGAUUAAAAUGAACAAUACUUGGACGCCGGAGACCCUUUCGGCCGUGGACGCGGCCAUUUUUUGGGGAUACUUCGUUACUCAGAUCCCCGGCGGUCUAAUAGCGGCGGCCUAUCCAGCCAAUAAACUAUUCGGUGCUGCCAUAUUCUCGUCUUGCCUCCUAAAUCUCAUUAUACCAGCUUUGUACCAAAAGCCGGAUUUUCUCAUAGUCGUAAAAGUUAUGCAGGGUUUAGUAGAGGGUGUUACAUAUCCUGCAUGUCACGGUAUAAUGAGACACUGGGCUCCACCGUUAGAAAGAUCUCGCCUUGCGACGCUCGCCUUCAGCGGUUGUUAUGCAGGAGUAAUGUUUUCAAUGCCAAUAUCCGGGGAACUUAUAGAGCAUUUCGGCGUUUUAGCUCCGUUUUAUUUCUACGGGGUAAUAGGAAUAUUCUGGUAUGUGUCGUGGUUGUGGUUAGUGUUCGAGAAGCCCACUUAUCACACUUGCAUCGAAACCAAAGAACUGGCUUUCAUCGAACAUUCGUUGGGCACGGCGCAGCAAACUUACAUAACGCCCACCAUAACGAACACGCCUUGGAAAUCGUUCUUCACCUCUUUGCCUUGUUACGCCAUUUUCGUGGCGAAUUUCUGCAGGUCGUGGAAUUUCUAUCUGUUGGUGCUCUUCCAGGCGUCCUAUUUCCAAGACAGUUUCCAUUCCGAAAUGACCGAGAACGCUGUGCUGGGAGCCUUGCCGCAUUUACUGAUGACAAUCGUCGUUCCUGUUGGAGGAAUUCUGGCUGAUAGGUUGAGAAAACGGGGAAUUCUAACGACAACGCAAGUGAGGAAAUUGUUUAAUUGCGGAGGGUUUGGUAUGGAAGCCACGUUCUUUCUUAUAAUGGCCUAUUCUCAUACUAUAACACAAGGAAUGACAGCCCUAUCAAUUGGAGUCGGUUUCAGUGGAUUCGCUAUAUCCGGUUUCAACGUCAACCAUCUAGACAUAGCACCAAGGUACGCUAGUAUCUUGAUGGGUAUGUCCAACGGAAUCGGAACUAUCGCAGGCGCCAUUGUCCCGUACGUGGUGCAUUUAAUAGUAAAACACAAGACUAAAGAAGAAUGGAGGAUUGUCUUUAUAAUAUCGGCGUUCGUGCAUUAUUCCGGGAUUAUAUUCUACGGGAUAUUUGCGUCGGGAGAUUUGCAACCCUGGGCUGAUCCUACUGCUGAAGAAGAGAAGCAAUGGUCUCAGAUGAACGAGGCGAUACCCAUCAAGAAGCAACCACCUCAGAAUGGUUUGGUACAGAGACAAUCAAGCAACGCCGCGAAUUACGGCUCGGUGGAGACUCCUCUACCGGGUCGGCCUGCGUUGCCGCCGAGGCCGCCUUCGAUAUCGUCGCAGUACUCGCAGGAAGCCGCAGGACCGCCGCAAGUCUUCCCGCCCGAAGUUCCAGCCGUCCCUUCGGGUAAUCCCUUCAGGUCUUCUUCGAAUCCGUUCCGCUCGGAGACCGUUCAACCGGCCGCUCAGGACUCGUAUCUGCACGGCUCUAUUAAAGAUAGAACUUACUGAGGCGCUCGGAAUAAGGCAGGAGUUGUUUGGAGGAUGAGAUGGAAGGGGCUUUACGAUUUUUUAGGAAAUCGGUGGAUGUUAUUGUAGGGUUGAUUUUUAUCUCUUGCUCCGGUUCUUUUGAUAUUGGGGUUGUAAUGUUGUUGAGUAAUGUUAGGUACUAUAUUGGGGUGCAGUAAUCUUGUUAUUUACUGGUAUCAAAAUCAUCAAAAUUACUCCUCUUACUUUAUUCUAUUAGUACAAGAAAAGAAAGUUCGGUGCAUUAAACGUUUUCCAACAAUGAUUCACAAACUUGUCAGUGCGAAUAAAUGCAUUGUAUAAUAUUUUCGUUCAAAUGCAAGCUUGAAGUGGAAGAUUUUAUGAGCUUUGACAAAAUCAUGAAUCUUUAUUGAAAUAUGUAGAUCUAUAAUGAAUGCAGCAAAAAUCGGGAAUUGGUCCAACCAGUAUAAUUAUACUCUUAUUAUUUAAUUUGAACAUCCAAUUGAAGGGAUCUUACGGUAAGUCCUAUAUUUUAACUUAUUUUCUGUUUAAACGGUAGGUACGUAAAAUUCUCAAAUUAAUUUUUUUUAUACAAAUCAUUGGAUUUUUAAUAAAAAUUGGGAAAAAUUAUACUAUCGAGUAUACUUUUCAUUCCAAUUUUCAGCACAUUGAAUGAAAAUAGAUAUCUACUAAAAAUUGGUAGAAGAAUUGUUAACCAUCUAAAAAGUGAGAGAGAUUAACACUGAUAAAGCAAAUUAGAAUUCCGUGAAGUUUUAAUACAAUUUCUAAAAGUGACACUUUUGGAAUAAUUAUUUGAAUGUUUCAAAUUUCAAGUAUAAGUUCAUCCGGUAAUAAUUUCUAUUGAAAACUCAUAGUUACAAAAACUCAUAGUCUAAAAACAACGAAUAAAUCGUGUUACCUAUGACUUUAUUCAAAAUUAGUGCCUCUAUAUGCACCUAUUAUUCGACGCAACAUUUUUUUAAUAACACUUUACGUAUUGGAAUUAUUCUAUUUGGACUAUAAUGAUUCAAAAAAUAUACUUACAAAAUUCAUUAUUAUAGAUUAUAAGAAAUAUACCACCGUGCGUGAAGUAUAUUUUUUGAUUAUCUCCUUAUAAAAAAUAAAAUUAAAAAGUGUUACUUAUAUUAACUUAGUAGAGCUGUAUUGUUUC